CAGGGUUUGUAUUUACAUGGAUCCCGGAAACGCUUUCCGAUGUAGUCUACUCUCGUAAUUACCUCCCGUGUGGAAUGGAUGACAUAUCGGAAGCCUAGGCUAUUCCUGUAAGACCUGAGCCGCAACCGCUCCCCGUCACAUACACACAACCAACCGGGAAUUAGGGAGUGCCUUUUUUGGUUUAUUUUCUUUUACGGAGAAAUAGUCUAAUAGUCUACAGAGGCUCGAGAGGGAGAACAUACGAAAACUCCUUACUGAUAUGGCUGAGGCGAAUAUCUCGGUAACAGAGAGCCAGUUUAGGUGCCCUAUUUGCCUGGAUAUCUUGAAGGAUCCGGUGUCCAUUCCGUGCGGACACACCUACUGCAUGGCAUGCAUGACCUGUUAUUGGGACCAAACCGACCUUGGUCACUACAGUUGUCCGCAAUGUCGGGAAGAGUUCAUACCUCGACCGAUGCUACGGCGGAACACGGUGCUACAAGAGGUAGUGGACAAACUCAAACUGAACGAACUGGCUACGGCGCCGGAGUUGUAUCUAGGCGGUGUAGGGGACGUUCCGUGCGACUUCUGCCCGGUACAGAACAAACUGAAAGCGCUCAAGUCGUGUCUGGUGUGCUUGGCGUCUUUCUGCGAGCUCCACAUCUUGCCGCACCGCGACGUGGGGACGUUGCGACGGCAUAAACUUGUUGCCGCGGUGGAGAGCUUGGCGGAAAGGCUGUGCGCGCAGCACCGUUUGGGCCUGGAGCCUGGCGGCGGCGACGGGGGGGAUGCGGUGGAGUGGAGUGGCGACUGUAUGCUGUGCGAGUCUGACCAAGAGGAACUGCACAGCAUCGACGAGCAAAUGGCGCGGAAACAGGUUCAGUUGCAGGAUUCUCAGAGGUCAGUACAGGGAAGGAUCAGGAUUAGAGAGAAGGAGCUGGAAGAGUUUCAACAGAGCAUAGAGGCCGUCAAGGCAUCAGCUGCAUUAGUCCUGGAGGACAGCAAUACCCUGUUUGUGGACCUGGCCCUCCUUCUGGAGAGGACCAGGGGGGAGGUGAGGGCCAGGCUGGAAGCCCGGGAGAGAACUGUCCUGGGCAGGGCAGAGAGAGAGCUGGAGACCCUGGAGGAUGAACUGGAGGAGCUGCGGAGGAGAGACAAGGAAAUGGGCCAGCUACUGACGAGGGAUAAUGCUCAGUUCUUACAGGAGGCUCCCCUGCUGUGUGUCCUCCCACCCACUGGGGGAGCCCCUCUCAUCCUCCCCGCAGAAGGCUUCAGUGCAGCCCGCAGAGCUCUGUCCCACCUCAGGGCCCGCAUGGAGGAACUCUGUAGAGAGGAAGUGGACAAGAUCAACCACGCAGUGAACGAGAGCUCCUCUGCCUGUCACAUGUCUGGUGGAGAGUGUUUGAAAGCAGUGCCUGCAUCGUUUCCUCUCUCCCCCCUCUCUCUCCAGCCUUCGGACCAGAGGAUGAGAGUAUCCUUCCUGAGGUGCUCCUGUCGUCUGUCCCUGGAUCCAGACACGGCCCACCCCACCCUGUUCCUCUUGGAGGGUUCCCAGGGGGCUCACUGUGGAGAGGAGCCCCAGUCCUACCCCCUCCACCCCUUGCGCUUCGACUCCGUGGCCCAGGUCCUCUGUAGGGAGGGCCAGUUUGGAGGGGCCAGCUACUGGGAGGUGGAGUGGAGGGGAGGAGGGUGGGUGGACAUUGGGGUGACAUACAAAGGGAUCGGACGAAAAGGAGGUGGAAAACCCUGUCUGCUGGGACGCAACGAGAACUCAUGGCGUCUGAGAUGCACGCACGCCGGUUACGCCGCGUGGCACGAUAACCGGAAGACGACCGUAGCUGCGCCCCUGUGCCCGCGGAUCGGCGUGUUUCUGGAACACCAGAAGGGAGCGUUGUCGUUCUAUAGUGUGGCGUCGGACGCCGUUUCCCUGCUCCACACGUUCAGGUGUCCGUUCUCUCAGCCACUGUACCCAGCGUUUCGGUUAGACCUGGACUCCACACUGUUGAUAUGUCCACAUGAAACACACAACGGGAACUAACCUCUAACCUCUAACCUCUAACCUCUUCCCUCUAACCUCUUCCCUCUAACCUCUAACCUCUAACAACCAUUGAUUACAUGUAAACACAAAUGUGUUUUUCUGCCCCAGAAAGGACCCAACAUGAACCCUGCUCUUUACUGCUCCCUGACCUCUCUCUUUCUGACCACCUUCUCUUCACCCAAUGGGAACCCAUCCUCGACCCCAAACCUAACU